UUCCCACCAUUCCUAUUGGAACCGAAGUGGAUCUUUGAGGGGCAUCAAUUGGGAAUCAUCUCCGUGGCAACCAAUCCUACUGGAACAGUGGGAGCCAGCAGUGGUCUGGAUGGUGGUAUCAGGACAUGGGACCUCGCCACAGGAGAAUGUGUCAGGAGUAUUGACGGAGGUCCAGUGGAUGUGUGGACACUCACCUUCUCCCCUGACUCACAGUUCAUAGCAACAGGUAGUCACAAUGGUAAGAUCAACCUCUUCAGUACAUCAGAAGGAAAGAAAGCCAGUUCUCUAGACACUCACGGCAAAUUCAUCAUGAGCGUCACCUACAGUCCGGAUGGGAAGUUGAUAGCGAGUGGUGCGGUGGACGGAAUCAUGUCUACUAUCAUCCCGACAGCAUUCCUUGGUUCGUGUGCCAUAUUUGGUAGCCUCAGUCUUGCCUCUCUGUAUGCCGAGAGGAGAAGUAUGCUGUUCUUGGGAGGGUUUCUGAUUUCUGGACUCAACAUGUUGGUGAUGAUGCUGUUCUUCAAUAUCUUCUUGGGAUCUUACAUGGUCUUCCAGCUGGAUGUGUACGGUGGUCUCAUUCUGUUCUGUGGGUUCGUUCUCUUUGACACCCAACUGAUUGUGGAGCGAUUCAACAACGGAGACAACGACUACGUCCGUCACUCUCUCAACCUCUUCCUCGACUUCAUCAACAUCUUCCGUCGUCUGCUCGUAAUCCUGGCCUCCAAGGAGAAGAAGAGGAAGAACUAACUACACAUUAUACUGUUCUCUGGGUGAUAGAGACUGUAGCUGUUGUAGUAUCAAAAACACUAUACACACCAGAAAUUACCAAUUGUACCCAAAACCUACUCAUUUGUACUCAUGCACCAUUUUUGUGAUAAUUUUGCUGCUAUAAUAUUAUACUAAAGAUGUAAGUGUGCCAG